UAAGGGGCUGUGGGUAUGUCUUUAAGAGACGAUGUUAUGGAGUGGUAUGAGGACUUGGUGUGUGUGCCUUUAAGGACUAGUAUUAUUGACUGGGUCCAGGGGGUGGGAGAUGUGCCUUUAAGAGUUGCUGGUGGGUGGGUUUGGGUUGGGAGUAGGGAGGCUGUUACAGGGUCUGUGGGCGGACCCGAAGGCUAUAAUAAUCGCCAGUUUGCGACUUGGAAGCUCAUUCACCCAUCAGUGGGAGUAACACUGACUUGGAGCGUUGCAAAGCCAACCUGAGGCCGGGGGGGGGAAGAGAUGGAUGAGCAGAACAUGAUAGAGACCGAGAGCUACGAGGAUGACAACCAGAGCUCUGUCCUCUGUGACUACAGCGACUGGAAGCACUCCUCUGCGGUGGUGCCUGUGCUCUACAUGUUGGUCUUCGUGUUCGGCCUGUCGGGGAAUGGGGUGGUCAUUUGCACCGUCUGGAGAUCCAGAACCAAGAGGCGCUCUGCAGACAUCUACAUAGGCAACUUGGCUCUGGCUGACCUGGCCUUUGUGGUGACUUUGCCCCUCUGGGCUGUGUACGCGGCUCUCGAGUACCACUGGGCGUUUGGGUCUUUACUCUGCAAGGUCAGCAGCUAUCUUGUGAUGGUCAACAUGUACGCCAGCAUCUUCUGCUUGACCUGUCUCAGCUUUGACCGCUACUUGGCCAUAGUCUACUCGCUGUCCAGCACCAAGCUGCGUUCCAGAGAAUCCAUGAUUCUCUCCCUCGGCAUGAUCUGGCUCCUGGCUGGUAUCCUAGCCCUGCCAGCCCUCAUCCUACGCCAAACGCAAGAGAAGUACAACCGUACCAUCUGCGACAUGGACUUCUCUGUGGUGGGAGACACAGAUGUGGAGCAUUACUGGAUCGCUGGCCUCAGCCUUUCGGCCACAGCUAUGGGCUUCCUCCUACCCUUCCUCCUCAUGUCCAUCUUCUACUGCUCCAUCGCCAACACCGUCACCAGGCACUUCCACAACAUCAAGAAGGAAGAGAAGAAAAAACGGCGUCUCCUCAAGAUCAUAGUGACCCUAGUCUUGGUCUUUGGCAACUGCUGGCUUCCCUUCCACAUCCUCAAAACCAUCGACGCCCUGUUCUGGUUGGAGAUAGUCCCGUUCUCUUGCUCCGUGGAUGAAUUCAUCUACAUAGCACACCCCUACGCUACCUGCCUGGCUUAUGUCAACAGCUGUCUCAACCCCUUCCUCUACGCCUUCUUUGACCAACGAUUCAGAGCCCAGUGUGUCUACCUCCUACGCUGCUCCGGAUUGAGAAGAAGCCUCCACGGUCCCAUCAUCUCGUCCACUUUGAGCAACCAGACCAAAUCUGAGAUCCAUUCAUCCGCCACAAAGGUCUAGACUUUGUGCCUAAAGGACGUUUCCCAUCCUCUCCCUUCCCUCUUUCUCUCUCAUUCUGUAGCAGGAGUGAGUUCCAGGGCUUCAAACCAGGUUUGGGUUUGGGCUAAUAUUCACCCCCUCUAUCGGUCUCCCCAUCAGUCAGACCAGCACAGCCCAACCCAGCACAGGGACCAACUGUGAGGCUAAAGAUCAGACCUGGGGUGAGAUAAGGUGACAUUUUGGGGGACUGUAACUGUGAGAUAUCCCUGCACAAGAGUGUGGGGGGGAGUGGGGGGGAAACAGAGACUUACUCAGAGGUGCAGAAAUUCAAGUCACAGNUUUUUUUAACUCUCUGUCCUGUGUGGCGUGUGUGUGUAGGAAUGUAUGUGUGUGUGUUAGGGAUGGACUUGUCUGUACACACAGAUGUCUAUUCUCCCCUUUCUUUACCUGUUCCCCUCUUCCACUCUCUCCUCUCCUCCAUCGGUUCAUUUACCUUUCCUUCCUGCUACUGUAUAUUACAAUGUAAAUAAUGGGAUAUACAUUGGCAAUUCCCGGCGUCUCAAAGAUGUUUUUUUUAAAAAAAAUAUAUCUUUUUUGCUCUUGAAAUCUGUCUGUUUAUUUGAAAGACAAUGUGAUGUCGGAUCCGACUCCUGUCCUGACUCCCAGCUGAGUCGGUUUGGUGCAAAAGGGGCUCAGGCAUUGAGAGAGAUGGCAAUGGGGUCCCUCUAGAGGUGCUUUUGUUUAACAACAACAACAACAACAACAACAGGGUAUUUUUUGUGCUAUUUUGCAAACGUGAAACUUUCCAAACUUCCACUGCAGGUUCGACCAGACAAUGUCCAUGAAAAUGUCUGUCUCUUACCACCUCACUGGGAGAUGUCAAGCUCCCUUGGUGCUCUCUUCAGCCAUUCCUUUGGAUGGGUGGUGUGUG